GUUAUCACAUUUUGAGUAGAUUGUUGAAAGAAAUAAUAACAAUGUAAUCCCAUUUUGUAUCACAAUAAAAUAUGAAGACAUCCAAGGGGUAACUGUAAUUGACAAAUGAAAAUGAAGAUAAGACAGUGGAGAUGAAAAAGAGAUUAAAGGUUGUCGUGGGUGGGGGUUGUACAGGGGGAUGUGGGUAGACAGGCCUCGGUGUAUAAAGGGGCUUGUCUGAAUCAUAAGUCACUUUACCAAACCCCACCACAACUUUACUCUUCACAUCACUUACCACCACAAAUCAUGAAGACAUCUCUGGUCCUCCUUACCCUCAGCCUACUGGCUUGUUCAGUUUGGGACGUCUGUGGACAAUGCCAAGAGGUUAACCUUGAUGACCAGGAAGUAGUGGAAGCACUGCCAGAAAAGCACAUGGUGCAACAGUUAAAGGGAACAUGCUGGGCGUGUAUGUGGGCACUGAACAAAGUGAAGAAACACAUCUCCUCUUCCUCUAGCAAGGUGCAGAUAAAGCAGAAGCUAUUGUCUGUUUGCGAUAAAUUGGGCCUCCUUAAAUCUCUGUGUAAAGGCAUGGUGAAAAGGCACUUGUGGGUGUUGGUUGAGGAGCUUAGCACCAGCGAUGACGUGAGGACCAUCUGCAUUAACAUUAAGGCCUGCAAACCAAAAUACAUUUUGGAUCUGAGCUACUGACCAAGCAGCCAGUAUCCAGAUUCCAAAGUGAGAAGAUGGAUGUUCAGGUGUCAAGACAAUGCUAUGCUGCCAGCCUCUUGCCUUUUCUCAAAUUCGUCACGACACAUGAAUGAUAUGUUAUUGGAAUGAUUAUAUGUUCUGAAAUAAUGUUUUUGGAACAUUAUUAUAAUAGUGUAUAUUAUAGUAUGUAUAGUCAACAUUUUUUAUCAUGUAAUUUUUGUUCACUUUUUGCUAUUUUAGUAUAAAAUAUUAUUCUCUGAAUUUCUUAUGUUUGUGUGAAUUUUUUGGCCAGCAAAAAAUCAACUUAAUUUAAUAUAGAGUACAACUGCUACCCUUCUUUGACACCAACUUCUUUAUCCAAAAGAAAACCUUUGGCAUCUGAACCCAUUUUUACUCAUCCGAAGUAAAGAAUUACAUGAUAAAACAAUGAUAAAACAUUUCAUGACAAUGUCUAAACUCAUGUUGACAUUUUUAUUUAGAAUCUCAGCUUUCUGUAAAGAAUCUUGAUCGCUUUGUAGGAAAUUACAUCCAGCAAGGGCUGUCGUCUGAAAAAUGUAUAGAAAUAUGAAUUAUUAAGAUUGUGAUUAAAAGCAAUUUUCACACCUUUUU